AUGAACAUCAUUCUACUGUUCUUGUGGCAUCUGUCGCUCUGUCUACACGCCGUUGCCGCGGACGAUACUCCAACUUCUUCCUCUCUGGCACCACCAGCAUUCGAUGAGGCGAUUGACAAUGGAACGUACGGGUACUAUCCGACCCAUACCUUCAUCACGGAGAAUGCCCUGAAUGCACCAGAAAUCAACUUCCUGCAAUGGGACGAUCGUUGCGAUGAUGGUCAAUACUACUUCCUCACUCCCAGAGGCUGGGGUAUCGGGGAUCCUGGACCGAUGAUACUCGACACAUACGGGAAUCUUGUCUGGAUGAAGCACUUUGGCAACAAGUUCGGUGGCCAGGCGUAUGACUUCAAAGUGCAGAAGUAUCAAGGUGAGGACUACUUGACCUUCUGGCUGGGCGAUGAUCGUGUUCGAGGACAUGGUUCUGGCUUCUACUACAUGCUCAACUCAUCAUAUGACAUUGUCCAUCGAAUUGGUGCAGCUAACGGUCUAUCCGCCGACCUCCACGAGUUUCUCAUUACACCUCAAGGCACCGCCCUGAUGACCAUGUACGAGAUCGUCGAGCACGACCUGGCCGAGGUGCCGGAUUGGCACCCUGACGAAGAACGACCGGGACCCUCGUACAUAUGGGAUUGCGUCUUCCAGGAAAUCAGCAUCGACACCGGCAACCUUGUAUGGGAGUGGAGGGCGUCAGAUCAUCUAAACGUAACAUCAACAUAUCAUGGCAUUGGCCCAGGCGGCUCGAGACACGAUCCCUUCGACUGGUUUCACGGCAACAGUAUCGAAAAGGACGAAUUGGGUAACUACUUGGUGUCAGCACGAUAUACGCACAGCGUUACAUACAUAAACGGCAGCACAAACGACAUUAUCUGGACCCUUGGCGGCCGCAUGAACGACUUCUCUGAUCUUAGCGAUGGCAACGCUGUCAACUUUGCUUGGCAGCACGAUGCUCGUUUCUUACCAUUGGACACAUUCCCAGAAACAUACACUCCACCUCAGCAACAGGAUGGAUACACUACGAAACUUCUUACACUUUUCGACAAUGCUGCCGAAGAUCAGCACUACGAAUAUGGACUGCCGAUAUCACGGGGGCUUCUUUUGGAGAUCACGUACCCAGACGAGCGGCCAAAUGAGCUUGUCGCCAUGGCAAGACCCUACGAGAGCACAGAAGGGCAACCAGACCUGAACGUGCAGAAGAUUGACAAUAUCAACGGGACCAACAGCGAGUACACGGUACGUGUGGUCCAGUCUUACGAGAACCCAAGCGAGGUACGAUCAUCGUCACAAGGCUCUGUGCAAAUCUUGCCACAAAAUAGCGGACGGGAUCCAAAGGUGCUGGUCGGCUACGGUCUCAAUGCAGUCUUCACAGAAUAUGAUGCCGACGGCACGGUCCUGUGCGACAUACACUACGGCUCGGCCACAUCCUGGGAGCGCGGAGACAUCCAAAGCUACCGUACCUACAAAUUUGCAUGGACUGGGACACCAGAGACGCCACCCAAAGUCAACAUUAGCGACGAUGAUGUGGAAGUGUAUGUCUCCUGGAAUGGCGCGACAGAGGUACGAUCUUGGGUCCUCCAAUGCUCUGAGGAUUACGAAGCAGCAGACGACGCGUGGAAUACGAUCGCAGACAUCCCCGAAAGUGGAUUCGAAAGCUUAAUCCCCAUACCAGACGAAGUCGGAGAUUCGAGAUAUCUACGGAUCGUUGCUCUCGACCGCAACGGCGAUCGCCUAGCUCAUGGUACGAGCGAAGUCCUUGACCGCGGCCUGCUGGUAUCUUACCGGCCGAUGUUUCGCAGCAGCAAUCUGUUCCAAGAAAUGUCGGGCGUGACGCCACUCAAGAUUCUGCUCAUCGCUGUAUUUUCCGCCUGCGGCGCGUUAAUCAUGUUCGGUGCAUACAGGAGAUACUUGGCUUGGAAAUCAGGCAAGUCACAUGCAGGUCCGCUCAGGUGGCGGAAUGGGGCUGCUUAUAGAUUACUUGGGGAGGCAUAG